GCCAAUCAUAACGCAGUCACGUGAACGUUGAAUUUGGGAGGACGGACAGGGCUGCGACAAGCCGAUCGAAGACUAGUACACAUAUCAUGAACAUAAAGUGGAAGGAUUUAUGAGUCGAACCUAAAUAUGUCCCAGACAGAUGAUACAAGAGCUCAGGAGGAUGUUCAAUCAACCCUGUCUCCUGAGGCAACAGCUUUUGUACCAAAAUAUCUUGGAUCAAUGGAACAAGGUGCUGCUGCCAAAAAUCCACCUGUCAAGGAACUGCCCCGGUACAUGACAAAUUGUUACCCUUUUGUCAAGGGUGACCCUGGUCCAAAACAAGCUGGACGGUGGCAAAAUUUGCAAAGACCUAAUGCAGGACAGCGACUGCCCAUUCACCACCAGGGUGGCUAUGCUUUCAAUGGCCCAGGCCCUCCAGUGGGUUAUCAUGUAACACCUCGUCAAGCAUGGCCAAGUAUCAACUCCUCACUACCAGUGCCCUUUGAAGGCCAUGUAUUGCCAGUUUCCAUGGAUGUUGUGCACCCAAAUAAUUCUGGUUUUAGUGCUUAUUGCGCUAAUUAUCAACCAGCUCAUUCACCUUCUCCAUCAGCAACAUGGAAUGGGACAGGGAUUUUAUACCCAGAGAUACCUAUGACUUAUGCCACAGGUUAUGGACCCGCAGGGCAUUGUUAUCCAGCUUCAGAGGCUGGGGAUAGCUGUCAAAGUUGGAGUGGAUCAGAAAAUAGUAGAAACACCAAGAUAAUACGAAAGAAGAAGAAGAUUGAGACCAGUUAUGGUCCAAACAUGGUGAGCAUUGGAAUUCAGAAUGAGUCUGGUACACAGAGUAGAAGUAAUAGGAAGCCCAGGAGUAAAACUAUUAUACUGGUGGAUGCUGCAAUACAGACAGAUUUUGCUGAUGACAUAGCCAACUUAACAUUAGCAGAUAAGCCUAAUGCACUUUUUAAGAAAUCAAAAAUGAGAGCUAGGCGGAAAAAUGAACGCAAUCCAGUAGGGACAACUUCAACUGAUACAGAAGUAGAUUCUGACAGUGGCUACAGUAGUCCACUGCACCGAAGAAAUCAGAUCUCAAAUGGGACUCACCCAGUAGUAAUCUCUCCACCUCCACUCAGUUACUCACAGCAGGGAGGAAGUGCAGCAGCGGUAGUUGUAUCAGGGAAUCAGUAUUUAACAGAUGCUUGUAUCUCACAGAAUGGACUGGAUCCAGCAUACUGUGAUUCAACAGAAACAAUGGUCAAUGGUUACAAGUCUCAGACACAGAAUAGUGGGUUAUCUACCCCCAUUAGUGGAAUUUCAAAUGCUAGAGGGAGUUUAUCAGGAACAGAACUUUUAGAACCUAACAAUGGUAAGAAAAAGAAACGGAGGAACAGGAGGAGAAAGCGGAAAGACAGUGGUCUAUCAGAGCCUGGUGCAAUGAGUGAUGGUGCUCCAAGUUUAGAGUAUCCCUUGUCUAGCUCAAAUAUAUCUCGCACAUCCACAGACCAGCUGAAUUUAGAAGGAAGUGAUGGAUGUUUGCAUUUCGAAGAUGAAGAGGAGUUCCCAGAAUUGUCUGGUCCUGCCCAAAGGUUCUCCCAUUCCUCUGGAGACAAAGUGACAUCCUAUAGUGAUAUUCUGAAAAUGCAGAAUACUUCACCCCUACUGAAUGCUGAAACAUUUCCAGCAAGUGUUGCAGCAUCAAAGGAAGGGAAGAAUGCCCGCAAGAGACGAAAGCGGCGUGAGAUGGCUAACAGGGCUGCUGAAGAUGAAUUGGCUGAGAUUACAAUUGAACAACAAAUGUUAAAAGAAAUUGGUUUAAAGAAACAAAUGCAGCAGCAGGCUGCUUCAGGGAAGAAAUCAAAGCAACCUAUGACACUUAAUAUUGCUGAUAUGAUUGAUGCUUUAGAGAAACAGCAAGAGAAGGACAAGAAUAAACAGCAGAAACACCCACCUUCAGUUGUAAAGCCAAAAGAGCUGAACCCAGUCACUCCACAUAAUGUACUAGACAGCAGUGCCCCUUCUGUCAAAAGGGGAAAAGAGAGAGAAACUGCAAAGAACAAAAAGCCUAGUCCAUUGAAAAAGGUAAUCUUGAAAGAAAGAGAGGAGAAAAAGAGAAAUAGACUACUUGACGUUGGAGACAAUGUUGGUGCUGCAUGUAGUAUAGGAAAUAUGGGCAUGUCAGUGGACAGUGACUUGUCCCAAGAAGCUCUAAGUUGUAAAGGCUCUAGUUUUGAAAACAGUUUGGAGUCUGGCACCCCUGCUAGUGCAGAACUUUCGCCUGUCAGCCAGACUUCUCCAAUCUGCAUCAGCCCCCCAUCCCCAGGGGGAAGUCCUCUCAGCUCUGGUGUAAAUAGUCCAACAGUGGGCACCAAGGCUCUAAACUCCAAGAUUGUCUCUAAGAUUCACAGCAGGAGAUUCAGAGAGUACUGCCACCAGGUGCUUGACAAAGAAAUAGAUGACUGCUGCACACAACUGUUACAAGAACUGGUGCGGUUUCAAGAUAGGCUCUAUCACAAGGAUCCAUCAAAGGCUAAAUCUAAAAGGCGGAUAGUCCUCGGUCUUCGCGAGGUUACCAAACAUCUGAAACUCAACAAAAUCAAAAGUGUGGUUAUCUCUCCCAACUUGGAAAGGAUACAGUCUAAAGGUGGCUUGGAUGAUGCCUUGCACAACAUCUUAGAUCUUUGCCAAGAACAAGAUGUACCAUUUAUAUUUGCCCUGGGAAGAAGAGCAUUGGGGCGUGCCUGUGCCAAAUUAGUUCCUGUCAGUGUUGUGGGGGUCUUUAACUUUGAAGGAGCAGAGACUCACUUCCAUAAAUUGGUUUCCCUCACAGAGAAAGCCCGUCAAGUUUACAGAGAAAUGGUCACAGUGUUAGAGAAGGAAAUUCAAGAAAAUCCCAUGAAAACAUCACCUACAGUUCCGCAUUUAUAUGCCCAUAUGGGGCACUCACGCACACCCUCUGCCUGCAGUGCAAUCUCCUUCACAAGCUCCAUUCUUUCAGAGCCCAUAUCUGAAAACUACCCCCAGUCAGAGCCAGAAACUGACAGUAGAGGGUACGAGGUCACAAAACAUGGGGAGAAUGGUAGCAAGCUGGACAACGAAAUGCAAGGUGGGGAUUCUGAAAAGAUCACUAUUAUUGAAUCAAUUCAUGAGAUUGAUGAGGGGCAUGAAGCUGACACAGAGGAUCUGGAAAGCAUGAAGCCACAAGUUCAUAGAACUCCUACUCCUGUUGAGAGUGACAAGGGAGUGGAACUGGGUAAUGCGGAUGUUUCCGUGGAAAGUGAUGAUGGCUUACAAGACAGUGUAAGAGCUACAGACUUACCUUACAUUGAUUCUAUUCAUUCUACAACGACAGCAACCACAGAUAGUACAACAGAUGUUGUAUCACAGCAAACCUCAAAUACUCUGAAUAGUUGUGAUGGUGAGAGUUGUAAAAGUUUCAAGGAAAACAAAAAAGAGAUUAGGUCUCCUUCUCCAACUAAAGAGGCUUCCAUUAUAGAUCUGAAGUCAGAUCUCAUUGAGGUGGACCUGGGAAACUCGAACAAACUUAAAGCUAUUAACAAAGACAGGAUUGAAACAUGGGUGGCAGAUUGCAUGCAGCAACUAAGCUUAGAGGGUGAUGAAGAUGACACUAUUCAGAACAAUAUCAAAAGUGACAGUGAAAAGUAGGUCAAUUGAGAUUGGCAUAAUAUUGAUUCUGGAUUUCAUUUUCAUCUAGAAGAUUAACUUUUUACUGCACUCGAUACACAUAUGGUUAUUAUUGUCAAGAGUGUUGACAUAUCAUCACUUUAUUGAAUAGCAGAUUGAAUUGUCAAACUAACAAUGGGUAACUCAUUUUGAAAUGAACAUUUUCCUUUCUAGUCGUACUGGUAUUUUUAAGCUGGAAAUGUGAUGUUUUUAUUUUAUUUUUGACCACCUGUCUCUAAAGCUGUAAUGUCUGUACAUAUCUGUAGUGGUUUGGGGAAGGUUGAGGAUUACUGCUGAAUUUUAAGGCCCAUCAUCACACAAUUAUUGCCUUUGAGAUAGUUAUUAAUUUUGGGGAGGAAUUAUUCAACAUUAGUAUUUGCAGAUAUUUUAUUCUAAUUGCUCAAGUUUGCUACAGUUGUGAUGGGAAAAUGUGUAUUUUAGUGCCAGGUAUGUAUUCUGAUAAGUGUACAUAUCCCCUAUAUAACUGUGUGGUUUCUGGUUUAUGUACUAUUGAAUGUACUCGGAACUGUGUUUUGAUUGUAAAAACAAUGAUAGAAGUGAAAGCAAUCUAUUGCCAAAUCAUUGAAUUGCUAUGUAUAUUGGUUUGUGGAUAAAUGUAAAUAUAUCAAUACCAUAGUACUUAAAUAUAAGCGGUGAUCAGCUAGUUAAGUGAUGAGAAGUUUGCUUGAAUGUAUAUUUGUGAAUUUGGACUUUUUAGUUGAAAAACAUUUCAAUAUGUUUGUUAGGCUACAAUGAAUCUUAUGCCUUGUAUUCCUUGUCAGUGUUAAUGAAAAUGUUCAAGGUAUUUUGGAUUUAAAUACAGUUGUUAUUUGUCAUGUUCGUUUCUGAAGAUGUGAAUUGGCUUCAGUGGGUAAAAAGUAUGAAGAAUGUUCUGAAGAACAAUUUUCAAGAUUAAAAAGUAUUUAAGUGUUUAAAAAACUUUGUUUUUAAUUGAUUUGUAAAAUGUAAGUUUAUUGCAUUUUCAUGUACCUAUCUAAGCUAUGAACAAAUCACUAUUUUUGGAGUAAGAAAAAUUGUAUCAUUAUGUAGGGAAACCCAAUUUAUGUCUUGCCCAAAGUAAAUUUCACUAAACAUUCCUUGAAAACAUAAGGUGCAUGAAACUAUUUUUAAUUUCUCAAACGUGUGCACUGUAAUUUACCAAAAACGUAGAUUCACUGGCUUUUGUCAUGUUCAAGCACAGGAGGGAAUUCCUCAUUGCUUUUUCAUGUCCACCAAAAGUAAAUUCUAUCUAUAGUAUGAACCAAAAUAUCCAAUCCUGCCUCUUGUUCAUAAAAUUGUAUAAUGCAUACAUGUAAGGGAGAAGAGAAUUGAGGAUUUAGAUAAUAUUGCAACUUCCUAUCUAGCUACUGGAAAUGUUCUUUUCCAGUGGAGAUUUGAAACCACGAGUCCUUGAAACAAUUCUGUUCAUAAGAUUACUUCAGAAAGGGACAAAGUGAUAAUAAUCUGUAAUGUGCACAGUUGAAGUUUGUCUGCAUUGAAUCAUUUUCCAAGUGGCAUGCAGUCAAACGAUAGCAAGUACUGUAAUUUAAAAGAUUAUUGUAGAAUUUCCAAAAGCACAGGUAGCAACGGACAUGAGCCAGUUUUUUUUUUUUUUUUUAAUCAGCUGAGAGUCCUGGGACACCUUAGGUCCCACAGCAUUCAAUGAAAAUAUCCAAAUUCCAGGAUUCCACUAAAUAAGUUGCAUUUAUAACAGAAUGAUCAUAACUGCAAGUGUAUAGAUAUACUAUGACUGACCAACUGAUAAUCUUCAUUGACUGGGGGUUUCGUAGUUUUCACUAAGAUUGUACGAAUUCAAACAUUUUAAAAAUAGUUUUAUUGAAUAAUUAAAAAUGCCUUCACAUAAUAUUCAUAAUAAAUUAUACCCUUUCAACUGAAAAGUUUGAUUCUAAAACCUCAGCCUGGAAUAAUGACAAAAUUGAGCUGAAUCUAAAGAAACUGCUGCAAUAACAUGCUAAACAUUGCUUUAAAUUAUGACAAGGAU